AUGGGUUUGAGCUGCGCAAUAUGUUGGCUUUGCCUCUCCAGGCUGUUGUUUUUGGCCGGAGGAGAGAAACCACAGGACAGUGGCAGCCUGAGAAGGUCCAAGAAUUCCAGCUUUAGCCCAUUGUGGCAGCGAAAAUCUGACUGCGGCUUCUUGCGGCAAGAUGGAUCUGUUUUCAUGAUCCAAGAGAAGUCGGACAUGGAAGAGGCGGCGAGACUGUUCUGUAGGCGCAUGGUGCUGACGAACUGUACAGAAACGGAUGACAUUGCGCUGCUGUGCCCUAGCAGCUGCCCCUUCUUGGAAAUGAGUGAAUACUCGAGCUGGGAUGGCUUUGGAAAUCAUGUUCCAUGUGGAACCGCUUGUGUGCCCCCACAGGAGUGUGGCGCAUACCGUCCAGAUUCGCCUUUUCCGAAUCCGGAAACUCUGAGAUGUGAAAGCUGUCCAUCUGAUGGCUGUGAGGAAUGCAAUUAUGUUGACACUGCUUCCGAAAAGUCGACGCUGCAGUGCACUCGAUGCAAGGAAGGCUUUGCCUUAGAGAAGGAUGGUCUGUGUACAUAUCUUUUAGACAAGGUCCUUCUGAAAACCUACAUCGUGCUUGGGAUCAUUCUGACUCUUUUGGUCAUAGUGGCGGCCAUACUUGCCUACGUCUGCAACAACAAUCGCGAAGGCCUGACCCGGGGCAUGGAACACCGAGAGCGCUGCUUGCCCCAUGAUGUGGAAACGAAAGCGGCCGUCCUGGACAAAAACGCUGCUCCAGGAACAGAGGUCUACUAUGCUCGUGCUCCGCUGUAUCCGUUGAAUGUCAAUGUCCAUUCGCGGAACAUCGUUGGGGUUGGAUUGGCCCUCUACUACAACCACUUGGUCUUUGUUGGAGUGGUUGCGUUGAUCGGUUAUUUCGUGCUGAGAUUCUCUGAAGGUUUGUUUGGCAUGCAGCAAUGGGACACCCUGCAGUGCGGCUACGGCGGCACCGCAGGGUCCGAGGCCGCAGCGGUGGGCUACGCCCGGCGCCGGGCCUUGAUCGCACUCUUCCUGUGGCUGGCCAUCCUGCCGGCCUCCAUCAUCUUCGCCCGAUGGCAGGCCUCCGCGGCCAGGACCUAUGAUCGGGUCCACACACGAAUGGAGGAUUAUUGUUUUGGUCUUUCGGGUCUUCCACAAGAUGCCAUCGAUCCAAUCGAAAUACAGCGCUGGGUGGAAGAGAAGUUUGGGCGGCCGAUUGAAGGGGUAUCGAUUUGCUAUGAUAUCCGUGGAAAGCAGAACUGUUUGGGGUUCAACAAUUCUGAACUUCGAACUGCAAUUGGCAAAAAACUAGAUGACCAUUUACAGGUGCAAGAAGAGGCGUUCACUGCUGCCCUGGGAGUGCCUCGAAGUCGCCGCGAAGCCCUCAGAUAUUCACCCAGCAGGUUGCCUGCCUUGAGUGAAGAGACAGAGACAACCUCACUGGAUGGACGUUCAGAGACGCAUGCAUGGCUGUGUGCCAUGAGAUGUAGUGGAGAAGCCUUUGUGGUGAUGAAACAAGAAGCCGAUGUGGAGACCUUUUUCUCACGCUGGGACCAACCCCGCGGUUUACAACGGACAGGAUCGUUCUUCUCCUUCCACGAUGGGAGUCCGGUUCCCAACUCUUCGCCCCAAAGUUGGAAGAAGACACGCAGGGACCGCACAUUUCGAGGGUACGAACUCGAAAUUCGGGAGGUGACAAGUGAACCUACCUCCAUUAUUUGGGAGCACAUGGGUACAACUCACCUGCAACUGGCCAUGCGAAUUUGCAUUGGUUUGAUUGGAUUUCUGCUGGCGAUUGCAGUGUUUUAUGGUGGUGUGUACAUUCCAUUGACAAGUUCCGUUGUCCGCUAUGCACAGAAAUCUGGAAAGCCUCCUUCACCCUUCCAGACUUCAGGCUUGGGCAUUGUUGUCUCAGUUGGGAACAAUCUCAUUGCAAAUCUUCUUUGGCUAGGUGUGCCCUGCCUUGGUUUCAAGCGCAAAGAUCAGGCUGACAUCGUGACCUUUGCAGCGCGGACCCUGCUGGUUCUGCUGAAUACCUUCAGCUUGGUGCUGCUGACGGCCCAGAAGCUGGCGGCCGUGGGCCAACCAGAGAAAAAUAUGUUUGUCACAGCGGGAAGAACAUUGGAAAGAUCUGCAGAGCUUUCGCGUGAAGCAUCGCUGGCAGAUGCUGUGUUGAAAAUGUUCCUCACAGGGACAUUCUCAUCGUGCAUUUUUUCCUUCUGCUUCGUCCCGCUGAAUAUAUUUCAGGCCACAUUUUUGAUUCGGACUGGGAUCAUGGGCACUGAGAUGUCUGGCCGUGAGUGUGAACGACUCUUGCAGCCAGACGAGAUAUGGCUGCCCUGGGACUAUGCCAGCCAUAUUCAGUUGACAUGCUGCGCCUUCUUUCCUUUAGUCCUCGCCGAGCCGCCGGGUUCCUGUGCUUCUAGGGUCCUCUGUGCAGCUUUGGUCCUCUGGUGCUGCGUGAUGUAUUGCGGGCAACGGAUCAUCCACUUCAGGGCAUCCAAAGAGACCUUCUUCACAACGCCGCGUUUGGACAAAGCUGUGCUUGCCGGUUGGGCUCUUCCUGUGAGCCAGCUGGCGGUCACAUCUGCGGCCUGGGUAUGCAGAGCCUUGAGAUAUGAACUAAUCGCUUCAGUUCCCAUUUGCACGGCGACAUUCCUGGCCAGCUGCAGCAUAUACCUUUGGCUCCUCUCAAAGGCGUUGAACCAUCACCACAGUAUUCGUUUCCUCUAUGCCACCAGAAGUGAGUCAUACAAAGCUGCCCUGGCCAGACUCCGUUACAGCUACUUCAAUACGAAUCCGAUCCAUGUGCUGAUGGCCCAGCACUUGCCUGAACUGGGUCUUCAGCACACUACCUGGUACGAGGCAGGAAAGGCCCAUUUGCAAGCGGUCGAUCCCAAGAAAGACGCUCGCUUGGAAGCAGGUCGUGCACUUGCAGAGCAAGCUGAGGACACUCAAAAACGUCCCAGAUCUUUCGUUUCCCGCAUGGUGUACCAGGCUCGUGUUUGGUUCACCGGAGCCCCGAAGCACGCCUACCAAGCUCUCGACGAGACCAUUGAGACCGAGUAG